AUGGUGUCGGAAGAAGCACUUAAUUCACCUGAAAGUGACAUAACGAGCAUGAGUUUCGAGGAAACGGAGCUGACUCUAGGACUGCCAGGGGAGGGACGGUCGUCGGAGGAGGAGGCGGCGGCUGUCAAGUGCUCUACAAAACGUGGGUUCGUUGAUCUUAACGUUUCUGUUUAUAAGUCCGGUGCCGGAGAAUCUUCUCCCUCCAAGGCACAAGUUGUGGGUUGGCCACCAGUGAGAUCAUGUAGGAAGAAGGCUUUAAAUGAGAGGUUUAAGUAUGUGAAAGUAGCCAUGGAUGGAGCUCCAUACCUCCGCAAACUCAACUUACAAGGUUGCCCUAAUUACCUGGAGCUAUUCAAAGAGUUAGAGAAAUUGUUCAAUUGUUCCACAAUUGGUGAGUAUCAUUGUGGCAAAAGAGAGCAAAACCAGCUAAUGGAUGAUGUGGAGUAUGUUCCCACUUAUGAAGAUAAAGACAGUGAUUGGAUGUUGGUUGGAGAUGUUCCUUGGAAGAUGUUUAUAGAAUCAUGCAAGCUUAUCCGUUUGAUGAAAUGCUCAGAGGCUGCAAUCUUAGCCUCAGAAUCAAAGGGUUCUUCCACUUCAACGGAAUGA